AGUAAACCUUGGAUUAAUAUCAACAGAUAGUGUACCCAUUUGCUGUCGGACUUCCAUUCAUCACGCUGGCCACUCCCGGGCUAGAGCCUCGACAGAGUGCCAUGCUGGGUAACGUCCUCCAUCCCGCCUACGCAUCCAGCGUACACAAAGACUACCCUUUCCCUCUCAGCUUCAUAGAUCGUCUAAAAAACCUCUUCUAUCACCUGUACGUUCCCGGCUACUGGCGGGUGUGGGGCAUUGUACCGUUGAUACAGAAAGCGGUGUCUGCCCAUUUGCCCGACGCACCUCCACUGCUGGAAAUUGAGAAAAACACGAGUCUCACUCUGAUAAACUCCCACUUUAGCUUCACGAAAGCUAUGCCCCUCUUGCCUACCCAAGUGGAGGUGGGCGGCAUGCACUGUGUCCCCGGCAAGCCACUAACACAGGAGUUAGCAUCAUGGGUUGAAGGUGCUGGUCCAUCAGGUGUUAUUUUCUUCAGCCUGGGGACAGCAGUCUCAGGAAACACAAUGCCCGUCAAGUAUUUGGAUCUAUUUAUCGAAGCAUUUGCAAGACUGGACUACAGAUUCAUUUGGAAGUUUGACAUUGUACUUAAAAAUGUAUCUACUAACGUCUUAAUGGGGCCAUUUUUUCCACAACAAGAUAUUCUUGCUGAUCAUCGGGUGAAGCUGUUUAUCACUCAAGGGGGCAUGCUGAGCACCCAGGAGGCCAUCCAUCACGCCACUCCUGUCGUCGCAAUCCCUGUUUUCGGUGACCAGCAAAAGAACGCAAUGGGGAUAAUGAAAAAUGGGAUCGGUGUGGCUUUGGCCUGGGACGAUCUCACAGUCGAUCUCAUCAUUAACACCAUAAACGAGGUCAUAAAUAACCCUAGAUACCAGAGAAAUGUGAAGCAAGUGUCAAAACUCAUGCGGGAUCAGUUACAGUCUCCUCUGGAACGAGCAGUGUACUGGACCGAGUACGUCAUUCGCCACCAAGGGGCGCCCCAUCUAAAGUCUCCAGCAGCCCAAAUUUCCUGGGUAGAGUUUUUCAUGCUAGACGUCCUGACCUUCCUCCUCCUGUGCAUUAUAGCCAUAUAUCUGACCUUACACAAAAUCCUAAGAACCGUGUGUAACCUUUCCUAUUAUGGUGUUGGUCACUGGAAGGUCAAAAUGGAAUAAGUACGUAAUGAAUGCUGUUCUCUGGAAUUUCUAAACAUUCUUAAUGAAUAGCAUAUUAAUUUGUGUAAUCCUUAAUCGCAAUGUUUGUGUUGUGAUAGGUAAAGAUUUAAAAGUUUUAGUUAUGUCCUUGGUAAAAAAAAAAUAUUGGGAAAGGUUAAACUGCAAAAAAGUCUUAAUUUUCAAUAUUUUUGUACGCUUCAAUCCCAGUAACUUAUACGGGGUGAUUGUUCAUAUAUCAGUCAACUCACUCAGAGGUAUAGUAACUAAAGCAAUCUAAGGUUUACAUAUCUUGAAAAUGCCAAUUCUUAGAAUCGCAAUACGUCUGGGUUUACUGAAUACUAACCUGAAAUCACCUUUCGGAGGCUUGCUAUUCAAAAAGAAAACAAAAUCGACUUUUAAUACCUUGACAAAAAUAAUAUUUAAAGUGCAGAGUAAGUGCAAGUGUUGGUGGAGUAUUGAGAGUACCAGCCUUGAAUCAAUUAAAAUUGUAGUCAAGAUUAAGCUCUCGUGUUCAUUUACAGGGAGAAUCAUUGCCCCCGAGUCGCAGUGGAUCAGUAUUGCAAAGAAUUAUUUUCUCCUGCUAGUUGUUGUUGUUAUAAUGUUAUUACUGCGCUUCAACAACUUAAGUGUUCAAGUGCAUAAAAAGAUUAGUAAUUAUACUAUUAUUCAACAAUCAAAAAUUAUGAGAUAAAACUCUUUGGUUCCUACUCGCUUUUAAAGACCUCUAGUACUUGAAAAUAAAUUUUUCCUUCAUUACUUAAGAAAUACGAACUUUUUGUUUGAGUGACGUUUCAUGAUUUUAGUGUCGAUGUUCGUAAUCUUGAAUAAAAUAUAUAUUCACAAUAUUUUGUUUCUAAACCGCGAGAAAAUGCAUCAUAAUACUUUUAUGUCCCUCCGUACCUGUCCUCUCCAGUGACAGCUUCAGUAUCAUGAGAACGUUUGUUUAACUGUGCUUGGAUAAUAUCUAGCCCAAAGUUUACUACUUUUGCUAGUAAGAAUUGUUAAAAUAACUUAUUAUUAAAAUUUAUUACGUAGUUUUGUCACCAUUACAACCAGUUCUCUUACACAUUUGCAGCUCCUCCUUCACUAGUAGUGUCUUUCCAGAUAAACUAAAAAUGGCUAAAGUUCACCUUGACUAUAAAAAAAUAUGACGAUAAAAGUCAUUUCAAGAACUACCACACCAUAUCAGUCCUUCCAGUUUUGAUAAGACACCAGAGAAGCUAGCAUACCGUAAACUCAACUCCAUUUCCAAUGACAAUAACAUUCUUAAUUUUGAGUUUGGUAUUGCAAGAUGGUCAACUGAGAGCGCCAUAUCGUCCUUUACCAAUGAAAUAUUGAACUCCUUUGAUGACAGCUAUUUCACAGUCGGAGAAUUCCUGGACAUAUCAAAAGCCUUUGAUACCGUCGGCCACACCAUCUUAUUGUCACAACCAAAACAUUACAGCGUUAGGGGCCAAGCACACAAAUGGUUUGUUUCGUAUCUGCCUGAAAUACUGCAUCAUAUUCACUAUAAUGAAUCAGAACCCUCACCUAUUUUGAAUGGCGUCCCACAAGGUUCAGUUCUUGGGUCAGUUGUACAGUAGCUCAAAAAACUAUAUUUACAAAAUUGUGUUUGACGAUAUGAUACAACGGACGAAUGAUUUUGACCACCCUACCGAGACAAUAGGAUAGUUUAUUGACCGACUUACAAAACGAGAGUCCACUCCGGCCCUCUCCUAAAGAAUAUUUUAUUAUUUUGCAUGUGAAAGUAAUCUGCAUGACAGUCACAUAACUCCUCUUUCCUUGUGAAUUAUCAUAAGUUAUGUACAGGCUAAUAUGAUAUAAGCUGACCUUGAUCCUUGAAAAAACACUAAACAAUUUUUUACGAAAGAAAAUCUUACCCCCAGAUCUGGUCCCGCUGUAAUACAAUUCUCAGACAUAAACGGAGUACUAACUACAGAAACCACAUUGAAGCGGGUUCUAUAACAUUUCGUCUUCGGUUCAGUAUAAAAAUAAUCUAUCAUAACAUAACAUAACAUGACAUAAUUUAACCAUGGUUCCUUCUGCAUAACUAAACUAUUUACAUUUUAAUAAUAUUUUCAAAAACAUUCAUAGCGCAAGAAUAAACAAAAUGAAUUAUUAUCUGUUAUUCUGUCAUAAUCAUGUAAAUGUUCCCAACUGAACAAUAUUUAGAUUACAUUUUAUCUAUAAACAUAUAAAAUAAUUCUAGAGAGAUACUUUUUAGUUUCUGUGAUUAAGUACAGACUUUGGAAUUUAUAUUGAAAUCCUUGUUUUGUUUAGUAGCUAUAAGGAUAAAAUUAUGCAAAAAAAAAUGAAAUGUGUAAAAAUUAUGUAGUUCAAUACACAGAGUACUCCACUGGAAGUGAGGAAUGAGAUGAGUUGCCAUCAACAAUGAUAAAAAAAGAUCUUAAGUCUUCAAGGCUGACGUCAGAGAUACACAGACUUGGUGAGUUGUUCACCAAAUGUAAGUUGAGA